CCUGGUCCUCCCUCCCCAGCAGAACCGGGAUGCUUGUGGCCUACACUCCGGCAUUCCUCGCCGCCUUGUCCUCCCUGCUCCUCCUCCACCAUGGCGGUGACGGAGCUUCGUCUUCUAGGCUCUUCCUGGUCGAAUCCGCCCUCGCCGUACAUUUCUUCAAAAGGGUUUUCGAGACACUGUUCGUACACAAGUACAGUGGCACCAUGGCCGCAGGCACAGCGAUUCCGAUA